UGUGAGUGAUACUUUAUUUUUGCCCUUAUUUAUGGUUCAAGUUGCAGGGGCUUCUUCAGUGUCUCCAUUCUCUUCGUAUAGAAGAUCUACAUUGCAGACCCGAAGGAUGGCAAUCAUACGAGGCUACACGAAAGGACUCACAUGGGCCUUCCAUAGCUUCCGUGGGGCGCCUUAUAUGUUACGUCCCUUUCUCAUAAGACCCAAAUAUCUUCAUCAACCUUACUACUUCAGCAUCGUGCCUGUCUGCACCUUUCAAGUUAAUAGUCUAACAUGCGACUUAGCACGCAGCUUUUCAAUGUCACUGCUGGCUUUGCUGCCAUAUCCACCGGGCUAUUGAUCCCAUCAGUAUCUUCGGGGCCUUAUCGCGUUGGUCUGAACAUCAAAACUCUCACUGAUGAAGCCAGAUGGGAUCCUUACGCUCCCAGAGCAAGUCCUGAGAAGCGUCGUGUUCUGGUCUCCGCUUUCAUUCCCAUCAAUGCUCAGGAUAAGUCUUGUCUGGAUGGAGAUGUCAAUGUUUCAUAUAUGCCUCCCAAAACUCAAGACGUAUUCGGACGACAGGCUGAAGCCAUGGGUUUGCCAUCUGGAAUUUUUGAAGACUUGCAAUUGAACCUUUGCCGACUCCCUGAUAUGAAUCGUUCAGCAAAAGAGGCUGAGAAGAAUGAAACCAGAUUCAUAGUCGUCAUAUUCUCCCCGGGUCGUGGCGUAUCGAGACUCAUGUACAGCACCAUGGCAAGGUCGGUAGCUAGCCACGGCUACGUCGUGAUCACAGUAGAUCAUGCUUACGACGCUUCGAUCAUUGAGUAUCCAGAUGGGAGUUCCACUACUGGCGUUGUCGGCGAAGGGAACCAGACCGUUCUGGAAACAUCAGCGAAGGUUCGCUCGCAAGACAUUUCUUUCAUCGUUGAUCAAAUCCAAGACAACAGCACCGCAAAGGACUUGCUCGGCUUCACUGAAGUCGACCGCAUCUUUGUCUUUGGUCACUCAAUUGGAGGCGCGACUGCUGUGUCAACAUUGUUCAACGACGACCGCAUACAGGGCGCUAUCAAUCUUGACGGCGACAUGCUCGGCCCUGUCGUCAAAACUGGUCUUGACAAACCCCUCUUCCUCAUUGGCAGGCCUCAUUCUCGUGACCAAGGUCCGUCGUGGAACGAGACUUGGAAGAACCAGCGUGGACCAGGUUUGUUGCUACAGAUUGAUGGCACAACGCAUCAAUCAUUCUUGGACGCGCCAAUACUUGUUAGUUUGAGGGAUGUUCCUGAUGACUCGAAAGUUCCGGUCCAAGCUGCUCUGGGGACAAUUGAUGGCAGACGAAUGGCAUAUCUUGUAACUCAGCUGACCGUGGGGAUUCUGGAGUAUGUAUUUGACGGUGCCGAGAACCGAUUAUGUCGUCUAGUUGGGGGCCAACCGGAAGUAUCGGUUUUGGAGAACAAGGAAAUCAGUUGUUGAUGAGCAUGCUCAGUUUCGCUCUGAACGAAGACGUUUCAAAGAGGACCAGCAGGUUAAAAUCCAGUUUUCAACAGAGUGAUCAAUCUUUGCUGCUCCAAUAUGCAUGAUCAUCAUGUGA